GUGAAAAAGAAAAGAAGAAGUGGAGUUGAUAAUCUGGAAAUGUUGGCCAAGAGAUGUUGAUCACGUUCAUCACGAACGACAAGUACAGCAGCGACGCCUCAUUGACCCAAAGUUUCUCUCAAAAUUCCGUUUCAUUCAUUUUCGUUUUUCAUCUCGAAACCCAUUGAACGUCGAAAUAAACUGGCGAUAACAAAUAAUUCGUUUCAAUGCACGCCAUUGGCCCUGAGGGCAGACAGCUGGCAGCUACCGAGAGAGCGCGCGCUCGGCCAUUUUGGGCAGGGACUCUCACCUACACCCACCACGGCCACCAUAACCCAUCUGGCAAUCCAAGCGAACGGACGUGCCAACACAUUCGGCCCUUCUGUUCUGUGUGUUUCUACGUUUGUUGUUUUUUUCAACAUGAGAAUUGGACGAUAAUAAUUACAAUUAUUGCUGGGCACUCGAGUUGACUAAUAUGAAGGACCUCUGUGAUGAUUGUUGUUGCCUUACCAUGUGCUAAAGUGAAAGUGUUGGAAGAAGAACUGCUGGUACAAUUGUUAAUAAAUAAUCCACGAGACGGUGAAGAAUUUCGACGACUGCCCGGGGAUGGAAUCGAUGCAGCCGCGUGGUGGUCAUCUCGACGUCGGCGCCUCGUGGGACGACUUUUACGGCUCGUCUAGCGAUUUGGUGCCGACGCUAAUGGACAUUUUCGACUCGAUGAUUGGGAAUCAACAGGCCCCUCAUCAUCGUCAUCCUCUUCACAGCAUGUCGCCACCUUCGCCGACGUCGGAUUCCUCGUGCGCAUCGUCGACGACGACGUUGGCGUCCGCUGGCAAUCUGUCGUCGAAUCAGCAGCCGCCGCGCCAUUUUCCCGUUUUGAAAAUCGUCGAGCCGGGCGAUUCGCCGCUGAUCCUCCAGCAGCAAAUGACGCCAAACGCCGUCUCGCCACUCGCCAAUGACGGGCCAGCAGCAGCAGCAGCGACUAGUAAUAACGCGAUACGGUCUGGCGGCAGCGGCGGCGUCCGAAAUGGAAUGGCGACUUGUUCCUCGUCGUCUCCUCGCCGUUCCGUCUCUUUCCGCUCGUCUGAAUUGGCGCCAGCCAAAGAGGCGGCGGCGGCGGCGGCCAUGACGUCAACGACGUCGACAUCGUCCAGGUGUGGCAGUUCGUCUUCCUCGUCUUCGUUGACGUCACUGGCGGCGCCAGCGUCCAGUGUCCACUCGGUGGCCACCACCUCAUCGUCUUGCUCGUCACAUUCGACAUUGUCGUCCUCGACUUGGUCCGCUUGUGCAGACGGCGGUGUCGGCGACGGCCAUUUGAAUUCAGACGAGAGUCUGGACGUCGUUGCUGCAACUUGUGGCGUUGGCGUCACGGUGGCCGCUGCUGCAACUCCAUCGGGCGCAUCAGCGGCGGUGGCGGCCGGUUCAGGUUCGCCCAGCCGGCGACCGCGAAGCAGCGCCGUCAACAGCGAUCUCCAUCAUCUGAGGCACUCGGGCGACUCUGGAGACAGCGGCGUGAGCAGCCCGGGCCCGCCCAGCUCGGAGGCAUCGGAGCAGAAACAUUCGGGCGAAGAGGAGGAAGAAGAGGAAGACGCGGACGAGGAGGACGACAGAGGCAGCGACAAUCUCUCGUACAUGGACCGCGUCGUCAUGGAGGUGGUCGAGUCCGAGACCGUCUACGUCCGCGACUUGCAGCAGGUCGUCGAGGGUUAUUUGUAUUUUUGGCGGGACGAAGGGGAGCGAGCGCCGCUGAGUCCCGAACAGGCGGUCGCCCUUUUCGGCAACGUGGACGACAUUUACCGUUUCAACAGCCAAUUCCUGACGCAACUGCAGUCGUGCGGGCUCGAUCCCGUCGAGGUGGCCCGCUGUUUCGUCCGCAACAAUUCCGGCUUCACCAUCUACACCGACUACUGCACCAACUACCCCAGGAAAGUGUCGGUGCUGACAGAUUUGAUGAGGAACGAGGCGGCCAGCCGGGCGUGUCGCGAGAGGCAGACGCAAUUGCAGCACACGCUGCCGCUCGGCUCCUACCUGCUCAAACCGGUCCAGCGCAUCCUCAAGUACCACCUGCUGCUGCAGAACAUUGUCAAGCACUGCGACCGAUCGCAGACGCCCGGCUACACGGACAUCAUCGUGGCCCUGUCGGCCAUGACGGGCAUCGCUCACCACAUCAACGACAUGAAGCGAAAGCACGAACACGCCGUCAGAGUCCAGGAGGUGCAGAGUCUUCUGGACGGCUGGCCGGGCGAGGACCUGACCACCUACGGCGAACUGGUGGCCGAGGGCUCGUUCCGCAUGUACGGAGCCAAGGCGCCCCGUCACGUUUUCUUGCUGGAUCGCAUGUUGCUCAUCGUCAAGCGAAAGGAGGACGGCACUUUGGGCUACAAAGUUCACAUCAUGUGUUCCAAUCUCAUGCUGAUUGAGAGUGUUCCAGGCGAGCCGCUUAGUUUUCACGUCAUCCCGUUUGACAACCCGCGCCAGCAGUACACCCUCGAGGCAAGGAAUCUGGAACAGAAAAGGGAAUGGGCGCUGCAAUUGAAGCGUGUCAUCCUGGAGAACUACGACGCCGUCAUUCCACACCACGCCCGCCAAUUGGUCCUGCAGUUGGGUCAGGACCAGCGGUGCAAUCAGGAGCGGCCGGCUAGCAACAGCAGCAGCCACGGCUACGACCGAGGAGACUACGCUUACAGCGCCACCUCGUCUGGCAGCGGAUCCUCGUCGGCCGCUCACCACCACGUCAAGAGGCACCAGCACUCGGCUCCCGAAUACCUGGAGAGGCGCAAACACUCGACCGCCGGCCUCACGGCCAAAGGUCGCAGCCGCAAGGGUCGAAAAUUGAGCCACGACGGAUCCAGUCCGCGUGAAUCGCCGCUCAUCCCGCGACGAUUGCGCAGGAGUUUGGACUCGCGCGACAGGAGCGUCAGUCAGGACAGGAGCGACGUCGAUCACGAGCGCAAGUGCAGUACGCACAGCUGUCCGUCGGCAGCCGAAGCGGCUAAAAAUAAGGUGCGGAAAUUUGGAGCGUGGCGGCGUCGGUCUGAACCUUGUCGGGAAACGAGUCAGGUUGUGAGCCAGAGUGAAGCGGAACCAACGAGUUGUACAAAUGCUGGGAGCGGCGGCCUCAGCAGCAGCGCCGUCAACGGCAAGAUGCGUGACGAACAACUGCGGGAAUCGAGCGGGACGCUUCAAGUUGAAAUUGCCGGUCCGUCCUCGUCCAGGGCGGCGGCGUUGGUGGCAGUCGACCCGGAACCGCUCAUGCUCCUCUCACCGCCACCGCAACAACUGCAACAACUACAACAAUUGCAACAACUGCAACCGCAGCGGAUAGUGCCCGAGAGCCUGGAACGCAUCGUCGAGCAACUAGUGCUGCAGAAUGUGGAAAUCCAACGGAUCCUGCAGCGCAAGAAGCGGAGGGCGGCCGAGCGCCAGCCGUCGGCCUCGUCGUCGUCGUCCUCGUCGCGUCCCUACGUCGUCCGCUCCGAGUCGACGACGCUGGACGAGGGCAUCUACGACACGCUCCUCUCGCCGUCGGGACCCGGCAGCAUGAUGGAAGCGGUCGGAGGCGUUUUGUCGGACAUUGACGGCGACUACGUCACGAUCCGGGCCGAGGGCGGAGUGGGAGGUGGACACUUUAGCCGCUGCCAUUUGCGCCGCUCGCUGGGCAACAAGACGCCAGAAAGUAUGGCCGACUCGUCUCAAUUGGCCGGCCUUUCCAACGCCUUUUCCUGCCAGCAGCAGCUGCAAAAGGCCACCCUCAGUCGCUCGCUGUCGUGUCCAGCACGUGGCCAGCAGGCCGUUCGAGUGGCCAAGAAAUCGGAAGCCUCGAUCGCCGAGAGUGGCGCCACCGCCGCCUCGCUGGCCACAGUCGGCGGCCGCAUCCAGAAACUCUUGAACCACAUCGGCUCGCCGGAUCACUGGUCCAACUGGAUCCGUUCCUUGUCGCCACCGCAGCGGAGGACUUCGACCGACUUGCAGUCCGUCGAGCCGGAUGCCAGCAGCACCAGCCGGAGUCGCUCGAGGAGGGAACCCAUCGACUUGGACGUCGAUCCCUUGAACAUAUCGACCAGCCCUUGCGUGCCUUCCGUCUGGCUCCAGAUGCAGAGCGAACAUUUGGCGGAGCCGGGCAAGAAAUCCGGUUCACUCCCCCGCAGUUUCCAGACUCCACCGGAUGUCAAGUCUCGUUGGAUGGAUCGACCAGUCACCAUCGCAUCCGAUCGUCCGGCUCCCAUCGACCUUCAGACGGACGCCCUCGAGCUCUACAUCCGCUCACAGACAGAGCGGCCGUCUGAUCAGACGGAUCAGCAUUCGACUACCGAAGGGUUCGACGACAGUUUGACCGACAUUCCCAGUACGCCUCGCGUCAGCACGGACAACAUCCACGUCCAUCCGGAUUACAAAAUCUACCGCAGGAGCGCCUCCAAGUCGUCGCUGAAGACGGUCUUGUCUUCCGUGUCCUCUAAGCUCCGCUCGGGCUCUGAGCACUUUUGGGGGUCGCUCUUCAGUUUGAGCCACGACGACAGCGGCACGGCUUCCUCGUCGUCGGCCGGCCGGCAACACAGCAAAGUCGUCCACUACCUGGCCAGCCGCUACGCCCAUUUGCUGAGGCAGCGUCACAACAGCCUGCAGCACAACGGCAACAGUCCAGCCGCGGCCGCUCACAGCGCCGCCGUGGGCGCCCGCAUCGCCAACUUGUCUGAUUCGACUGAUUACGUCAUCCCCAAGUACAGCUGCUCACCCGCAACGCCCAGUUGUUAUUCGACGUCGCGCUCGGACCUGUCGUCCUCCAAGUCGACGGCCUCGCUGGCCUCGAAAACGACGUGGUACGGGACGCUGGAGUCUACGAGGGACGCGGCCAUGCAGAUGAUGAUGAUGGACUCUGACGAUUCCGACAGCGACCAAGAGGACGACGAGGAUUCGGCGACGGGCAUGGACGGCUUCUUUUACGAGCGAGCCUUUGAAGCCGUCGAGCAACUGCUGGACGGGGCCGCCGCCGAUUGGUGCCGCGACAGCGCCAUCUUCAGCGAUCGGGACGAGACGGGCAGCGUGACGGAGUCGAUUGUCGUCAAAACGAAACCGCCGCCACCUCCCGUCGCCUCCAAAUCGCACCGAGGAGUCCACAACGGACAGCAGCAGCAGCACAGUCGCCAUCGCGGGAUGGCCAUCCUGGAUCGGAUGCGAUCGCUGGAGGAGAACGGCGGCAGCGUCCGUUCCGGCGGCAAGGAAGUGUCGGCCAGCGCUUCGCUAGAAAAUCUGAAAUCCAUCAGCCAGCGUCGUAUGGAGCUGAGUCAAGCCGUUUCGUCGGCUGCCAAAACGCCGGGCGACGAGAGCGAGACGAGUUCCCAGCAUUCGACAUCCACCGUCAACACGGUAGUGGAAGUGCAUCCGGCCGGCGGCGGCUUCUCUGACGAUGUCGUCGACUCGCAUUCGCCCGUUCACCAGCGUCGAACUGGCGCCACCGUCGUCAUGGUCCGCUCUCAGCCGAGGAAAGGGCCCGAUUCUCUUUCUCCGACAGCCUCUUCUUCUUCUUCGUCGGCAUCCGCCGUUCCCUUGCCCAAGGGUUGGGUGAAGCAUAUUAUCGGGAAAUUGCAAGGUGACGCGAAAUAGCUUUGAUUUUCUGGUUUCGUUUCUUCUUCUUAGUGAAAAAAGGGAGAGAAGAAUGAAAAUGACUAACACGUUGCUUCCUUUAACUUGAUAAUAAGCCCCGUGCAAUCCUCCACCAACAGUUUUUCUUCUUUUCGUUGAAAUUUUUUUUUUACCUACCUCCUCCUCUGUCUUUGACUUGAUGAUCACCAAGUCGAAUGCCCAGUGGAAAGACACACUGCGCAAUUCCUUUGCAAAUCGACACGUUAAAUCGAUUUCCCUUGCCAAAACGAAAGCAAAAAGAAAAAAACAUGAUUCCUUUUUUCGUUUGUUGUUUUUUGAAAUCUCGCCAGAGCACUUGUUCCCGCCUCGUCAAGAAGCGGAGGACAUGUCGCAACAACGACAGACGAGCGCAAAUUUACAUAUUUAAAAAAAAGAGUAACCCGCACAAAAAAAAAGUUAAAAAUAAUAAUAACAAAUUACACUUGACGGGUAUGUUUAGUAAAAGAAACCUCGCCCCUUAUCGAUCAAACUAAUUAACAUUAUUACACCGACUCGGUUAUUUAACACUCUCGUUCCCCGAUUUUUUUGUUUCAAACUUUCCGUACUCCCACACACAUACACUUUGCUUUACGAAUCGUUUCACAUUUGUAUAUAAUACCCGACCUAGUCAGUUACAAGCAAUACAAGUUUCUAUCUAUCUA